AUGUCAAACGAACACGAGAUCACCGUAACCUACCAGGAUCGCGUAGCGAUCGUGACCCUCAACCGCCCGGACAAGCUAAACGCCCUCAGCGGAGAUCUGUACUACCUAUUAGCCGAGCGCCUGCGCGAGAUCGACUCGCGAGAUGACAUCUUCAUCACCGUCCUGACCGGCAAAGGUCGCUUUUUCUCUGCUGGCGCCGAUGUGACAAUCACUCGUCCUGGUAAUGGCGAUCUCAGCAGUGGCGUGCGCCGCGAUCUAAUCAAGGGUUUCGUCGCAAACAACACCGACGUCACCCGCACUUUCUACUCCCAUUCUAAGAUCCUCGUUGCCGCUCUGAAUGGGCCUGCAGUUGGUCUUUCCGCUGCGCUUGUCGCCCACGCAGAUUUCAUCUACGCCGCUCCACACACUUUCAUCCUGACCCCGUUCUCCUCGCUCGGUCUUGUCGCCGAGGGGGGAGCUAGUCGGGCCUUCGUCGAGCGGCUCGGUAUUGCCAAGGCCAAUGAGGCGCUCAUUAUGAGUAAGCGGAUUCCCUGUGACGAGCUUGUUGCGGCGGGCUUUGUGAAUAAGAUUAUUACGGCCGACUCUGGGAAUAAAGAGGACUCGGAUGGGUUCUUGAAGAAGGUCCUGGAGGAGGUGGAGGAUCGUCUGGGUACACACUUGAACCAGACUAGUCUGCUGAAGAUCAAGGAGUUGAUUAGGCGACCGGAGAGGGAGCUUUUGGAGCGCCAGAAUGGAAUCGAGGCGUUCAUGGGCCUUGAGCGCUUUUUGCAGGGUUUUCCACAGGAAGAGUUCCGGAAGUUGGCAUCGGGAGAGAAGAGACAUAAGCUUUAA